AUGGCAAAAAUUUUCGCACACGCUGUAUUUGUCCUUUUGGCUAUUGCCUUAACACUCAGCAAAUCGAGCACUUUUGCGACACCAAUUAAAGCGCGUCAUUUUUUGACUGGUUUUAAACCUGUUAUUUUUGCCAACACUCUCGAUGAGAAUAUUGCUACCACUGAAGCAGCCACUACGAAUGUAUUAGAUAUCGAGGCGGCCAAUGCAGCCCAAACUGCAGCAACUUUCGAUCAUGAAAGUGCGGCUACAGUACUUGUCAACAAACGUAAUUUUUUGGGUGGCUUUAAACCUGUCGUUUUUAUUCAAGCUCUCGACGAAAAUGUUGCCACUACUGAAGCAGCCACCACGAAUCUAUUAGAUAUCGAAGCAGCCAAUUCAGCACAAACGGCUGCAACUUUCGACCAUGAAAAUGCGGCUACAGUACUUUUCAACAAACGUAAUUUUUUGAAUAGCUUUAAACCUGUCGUUUUUAUCGAAACUCUCGACGAAAAUACUGCCGCCACUGAAGCAGCCACUACGAAUGUAUUAGAUAUCGAAGCAGCCAAUGCCGCCCAAACUGCAGCAACUUUCGAUCAUGAAAGUGCGGCUACAGUACUUGUCAACAAAC